AUGUCUCGACCUGGUACUACACUCUAUGUCACCGGCUUCGGGCACGGGACCCGAGCUCGCGACCUUGCCUACGAAUUCGAACGAUAUGGACGUCUUGUCCGCUGUGACAUCCCAGCGCCGCGUACCCCUUCCAGCAGACUGUUUGCCUUUGUGGAGUACGAGAGCCGCCGCGACGCAGAUGAUGCAUACCAUGAAAUGCAUAAUAAGCGGAUUGGCCGCGAUGAUCUGUUGAAAAUUGAGUGGGCGCGUACUCCUCCAUCUGCUUCUUGGCGUUUUGACUCUGGCCGGGACCGGCGACGUGACCGUACUCCGCCACGACGUGGCCGCUCUCCUUCUCCUAGACGUGGUCGUGGCGACUAUUCUCCCCGAAGGGACGACAGGUACGAACGGGAUUAUGACCGACAUGACCGCGACUAUGACCGCCGCGAUCGCGACUAUGAUCGCCGUGACCGGGAUUAUGAUCGCCGCGACCGGGACCGUGAACGUUCCCGUGACCGCUCUCGAAGCCCUGAUGAGAGGGACCGCGAUAUCAAGGAUGAAAGGGAGCGCCGUGAUGACGAUCGUGAACGACGCGAGGACGAGCGGGAGAAUAUCCCCAAUGGUGAAGACAGGAAAGUCCCCUUAGAACCCUUGACCUCCGCUCAUGAUGAGCUUGAUACAGCCGAGUAG